UUCCUGUUUAGAGUCCGCUGUGACUUCCUCUCAACGCUGGUCGGAGCUUCUGGUUUCCUCCACCUGAAGGAGUUCCUGUUCGCCAUGGAAGGACCUGGAGAUCCUGAUCCUGAUUCUGAUCCCAGUGACAUUGAGAUGGAAACAGAAAUGACACGCUUUCUACAUGGAAUUGACUUCCUAGAUCUGGACUCUGAUGAACCUGAACCCAGCUGUGUGUCCUUAAAGAGUGACCGGUCAAUGGAGCCGCCGCUAUUUUUCAGAGAAAGAGAAAGAGAAAUGGAAAGAAGACUUAUCAAAAAGUGGAGGCGCAUCAGGAGACUGCACUCUGAUAGACCUGAACCCAGCUGUGUGUCCUUAAAGAGUGACCGGUCAAUGGAGCCGCCGCUAUUUUUCAAAGAUGGUGGCCCAAUGUCCAGGAGCAUCAGGAGACUGGACUCUGAUGAACCUGAACCCAGCUGUGUGUCCUUAAAGAGUGACCGGUCAAUGGAGCCGCCGCUAUUUUUCAAAGAAAGAGAAAGAAGACGACUCCACAUGCUGAGGAGGAAGCUGGAACAACCUGAACCCAGCUGUGUGUCCAUGAAGAGUGACCGGUCUAUAGAUCGUCCUUUAGUCUUCAAAGAUGGACGCCACUCUGUUGAUCAGAGAGAGGACCAGGAGAGCUGGUUCCCAGAGGUCAGUCUGCCCAGCAGCAUCAAACACACCUGGACUCCAUAUUUAUGGUCUCUGCUGGAGGAGAACAUCCUCACUUUUGUGAAGAAUGAGCUGAAGAGGCUUAAGAGUGUUCUGAGUCCAGAUUACCCAGAAUGCUUAGAGAGUCAGAGGGAGGAUGAAGAGCAGAGGAGGAGCAGCAGAGAGGCAUUUCUGAAGAUCACACUGCACUUCCUGAGGAGAAUGAAGCAGGAGGAGCUGGCUGACUGUCUGCAGAGCAGACUUCUUGCUGCAGUUUGUCAGCGUGAACUCAAAUCUAACCUGAAGAAGAAGUUCCAGCGUGUGUUUGAGGGGAUCGCUAAAGCAGGAAACCCAACCCUUCUGAACCAGAUCUACACAGAGCUCUACAUCACAGAGGGAGGGACUGCAGAGGUCAAUGAUGAACAUGAGGUCAGACAGAUUGAAGCAGCAUCCAGGAAACCAGACAGACCAGAAACAACCAUCAGACAAGAAGACAUCUUUAAAGCCUCACCUGGAAGAGAGGAGCCAAUCAGAACAGUGAUGACAAUGGGAGUGGCUGGCAUUGGGAAAACAGUCUUAACACAGAAGUUCACUCUGGACUGGGCUGAAGACAAAGCCAACCAGGACAUAGAGUUCACAUUUCCAUUCACCUUCAGAGAGCUGAAUGUGCUGAAAGAGAAAAAGUUCAGCUUGGUGGAACUUGUUCAUCACUUCUUCUCUGAAACCAAAGAAGCAGGAAUCUGCAGGUUUGAAGAGUUCCCGGUUGUGUUCAUCUUUGACGGUCUGGAUGAGUGUCGACUUCCUCUGGACUUCCACAACAAUGAGAUCCUGACUGAUGUUACAGAGUCCACCUCAGUGGAUGUGCUGCUGACAAACCUCAUCAGGGGGAACCUGCUUCCCUCUGCUCGCCUCUGGAUAACCACACGACCUGCAGCAGCCAAUCAGAUCCCUCCUGAGUGUGUUGGCAUGGUGACAGAGGUCAGAGGGUUCACUGACCAACAGAAGGAGGAGUACUUCAGGAAGAGAUUCAGUGACGAGGAGCAGGCCAGCAGGAUCAUCUCCCACAUCAAGACCUCACGAAGCCUCCACAUCAUGUGCCACAUCCCAAUCUUCUGCUGGAUCACUGCUACAGUUCUGGAGGAUGUGUUGAAGACCAGAGAGGGAGCAGAGCUGCCCAAGACCCUGACUGACAUGUACAUCCACUUCCUGGUGGUUCAGUCCAAACUGAAGAAGGUCAAGUAUGAUGGAGGAGCUGAGACGGAUCCACACUGGAGUCCAGAGAACAGGAAGAUGACUGAGUCUCUGGGAAAACUGGCUUUUGAUCAGCUGCAGAAAGGAAACCUGAUCUUCUAUGAAUCCGACCUGACAGAGUGUGGCAUCGAUAUCAGAGCAGCCUCAGUGUACUCAGGAGUGUUCACACAGGUCUUUAGAGAGGAGAGAGGACUGUACCAGGACAAGGUGUUCUGCUUCAUCCAUCUGAGUGUUCAGGAGUUUCUGGCUGCUCUUCAUGUCCAUCUGACCUUCAUCAACUCUGGUGUCAACCUGCUGGAAGAACAACCAAGACCCCGUCUGCUUAAAGUCAAACCUGAACUAACACGUCUCUACCAGAGUGCUGUGGACAAGGCCUUACAGAGUCCAAAUGGACACCUGGACUUGUUCCUCCGCUUCCUCCUGGGUCUUUCACUGCAGACCAAUCAGACUCUCCUACGAGGUCUGCUGACACAGACAGGAAGUAGCUCACAGACCAAUCAGGAAACAGUCCAGUACAUCAAGAAGAAGAUCGACGAGGAUCUCUCUGCAGAGAAAAGCAUCAAUCUGUUCCACUGUCUGAAUGAACUGAAUGAUGGUUCUCUAGUGGAGGAGAUCCAACAGUCCCUGAGAUCAGGAUGUUUCUCCACAGAUGAACUGUCUCCUGCUCAGUGGUCAGCUCUGGUCUUCAUCUUACUGUCAUCAGAAAAAGAUCUGGACGUGUUUGACCUGAAGAAAUACUCUGCUUCAGAGGAGGCUCUUCUGAGGCUGCUGCCAGUGGUCAAAGCCUCCAACAAAGCUCUACUGAGUGGCUGUAACCUCUCAGAGAGAAGCUGUGAAGCUCUGUCCUCAGUCCUCAGCUCCCAGUCCUCUAGUCUGAGAGAGCUGGACCUGAGUAACAACGACCUGCAGGAUUCAGGAGUGAAGCUUCUGUCUGCUGGACUGGAGAGUCCACACUGUCAGCUGGAAACUCUCAGGCUGUCAGGCUGUCUGAUCACAGAGGAAGGUUGUGCUUCUCUGGACUCAGCUCUGAGCUCCAACCCCUCCCACCUGAGAGAGCUGGACCUGAGCUACAAUCAUCCAGGAGACUCAGGAGUGAAGCUGCUGUCUGCUGGACUGGAGGAUCCACACUGGAGACUGGAGACUCUCAGGGUGGAGCCUGCUGGAGUCCGAUGGUUGAGACCAGGUCUACAGAAGUAUUCCUGUGAACUCACACUCGACACAAACACAGUGAACAGAAACCUCAAACUGUCUGACGACAACAGGAAGGUGACAUGUGUGGAGGAGGAUCAGUCAUAUCCUGAUCAUCCAGACAGGUUUGACCACUGGCCUCAGCUGCUGUGUACAACUGGUCUGACUGGUCGCUGUUACUGGGAGGUCGAGUGGAGAGGAUACGUUCAUAUAUCAGUGAGUUACAGAGGAACCAGAAGGAGAGGAGACAGUGAUGACUGUGUGUUUGGAGGGAAUGAUCAGUCCUGGAGUCUGGACUGCUGUGGUGGUCAUUACUCUGUCUGUCACAAUAAGACAAGAACACCCAUCACCUCCUCCUCCUCCUCCUCUGGUAGAGUAGCAGUGUAUGUGGACUGUCCUGCUGGCUCUCUGUCCUUCUACAGAGUCUCCUCUGACACACUGAUCCACCUCCACACCUUCAACACCACAUUCACUGAACCUCUUUAUCCUGGGUUGGGUUUGGGUUGGGGCAUCGUGUCCCUGGUGUCCCUGGCCGUCCUGUCCUAUGAGCGCUACAGCACCCUGAUGGUUUGUAACAAGCGGGUAUCGGACGUCAAACAGGUGGGUCGUAUCAGGCGGACAUCGGCUCGUCGCAGAGAGUUCCACAUCCUGUUCAUGGUCCUCACCAGCGUGGUGUGUUACCUGCUCUGCUGGAUGCCGUACGGUGUCGUUGCCAUGAUGGCCACCUUCGGACGGCCGGGAGUCAUCAGCCCCAUCACUGCCGUCGUCCCUUCCAUCCUCGCCAAGAGCAGCACCGUCAUUAACCCAGUCAUCUACAUCCUCAUGAACAAACAGUCAGAGUUACCGAACCUGGGAAACGGUGCCAGUGAUGAAUACAGCGGGUGUGAGCGGACAGUGAACGCAUCGUCUGAUGACAGUGUGAAACAGAACAGGCUCCACCCCUAA